AUGAUGCCCACUACCAAGGUGUUUGUGGGCCGGCUGUCGGCGGCCACGAAGUCGCUCGACCUGCGGAAGCUGUUCGAGCGGUACGGCGAGGUGACCGAGUGUGACGUGCUCGGCACGUAUGGCUUCGUGCACAUGAAGUCGGUGGGCCAGGCCGAGACGGCCAUCCAGAAGCUGAACGGCACAGAGCUGCACGGCUCGCGCAUCAGCGUCGAGCCGUCCACCGGGCAGAAGGGGCGCGGCGGCGGCCGCGGCCGCGGCGGCGGGCCCAUGCGCGGCAUGCGCGGUGUCGGCGGCUACCGGGGACGCGGCGGCGACCGGUUCGAGCCGUACAGCCGCUCCUACCCGCCGGCAGACGGUUAUGGCGGCGGAUACGGCGGCGGGGGUGGCUACGGCGACGGCUACGCCAACAGCUACGGCAACAGUUACGGCAACAGCUAUGGCAACGGCUACGGGGCGAGCUACGGCAACGGUUACAGCAUGGACCGGCGUCCUCCGCCGGUGCGCACAGCCGUCGGCGGCUAUUACGACGACUACGAGCGGCGCGACCCGUACGCGCGGUCGCCGGCGCCGCGGCCCGCCUACGACGCCUACGACCGGCGGCCGCCGCCGCACCGGCUAUGA